AUGUCGUUCAACAACACAAAGAUGGGCUUCUCUGUAAAGGACCUUCUGGAUCUUCCUGACACCAAUGGAGGUUCUGGAACGGAGGAGACGGAGGAUGAGAACGACGAGGAAACUAGUUUGUCAGUUGAUUCUCGAAACGAACCCAAAUCUCCAGAGCUCUCCGCUGACGAAUCCCAAGAUAUCGACAAAGACACCGCAGUUGACAGCAGCGUCUCUGGAAAGAAGAGGAAAAGGAGGGUGCUGUUUUCCAAAGCGCAAACAUAUGAACUAGAGCGACGAUUUCGACAACAGAGAUAUCUCUCUGCGCCUGAGAGGGAGCACCUUGCCAACGCACUACGACUGACACAGACCCAGGUGAAGAUCUGGUUCCAGAAUCACCGGUAUAAAAUGAAGAGAGCACGCACUGAGAAGGGUAUGGAAAUGGUUCAUCUCGUGUCCCCAAGACGGGUGGCAAUUCCGGUUUUGAUUCGGGAUGGAAAACCGUGUGACACAAGCAAAACUCAGGAACUUGAGGCCUCGUUCAGGGCUGGAAUACCUCUCUCGGCGUAUAGCGCCUAUUCUCUCCAUCACAUGCAUAUGCGCUCUCAUUACAGCCCCGACGCAUUGUCACAACUGCCCAGUCUGCAUCACUUGGCGCAAAUGUACCAAUGGACUUGGUAGAA